CUGCUCUACAGGACACUGACCUACAGAGCCACACAAUCUGUAUGAAAACUCCGUGUGCUCAGGAUGAGGGCUGCUGAUUGGCUGUUAUCUGUGGUGUUCCUGCCAUUCCUCUUUGUUACCGUCCGUCCGGACAUCUGCAGUGCCAAACCCAAGGACCUCCCUCUGGAGCCACGCUGUAUCUACCGCAGCGCUGACCCUGAGGUCCCCGAGGACCCGACCCAGGAGCCUGAGGAGGUGCCAGAGUCCACCAACCCGCGAGUGUGGGAGCUGUCAAAGGCCAACAGCCGCUUCGCCCUGUCACUGUACAAGCAGCUGGUCCUCAGCAAGACCCCUGAGUCCAACAUCUUCAUGUCCCCCAUCAGCGUCUCCACUGCGUUCGCCAUGACCAAACUGGGAGCCUGCAACCAGACACUGCAGCAGAUCAUGCAGGUGUUUGAGUUUGACACCAUCAAAGAGAAGACGUCGGAUCAGGUCCACUUCUUCUUCGCCAAACUGAAUUGCCGUCUGUACAGGAAGAAGGACGAGACCACUGAGCUGAUCUCUGCCAACCGACUGUUCGGAGACAAAUCGCUCAUCUUCAACGAGACGUACCAGAACAUCAGCGAGACGGUCUACGGAGCCAAACUGCUGCCUCUCAACUUCAAGGAGAACCCAGAAAAGGCCCGAGUCACCAUCAACAACUGGAUCUCCAACAAGACGGAGAACCGGAUCCAGGACACACUGCCAAAGGGAGUGCUGGACUCCACCACUGUCCUGGUCCUCGUUAACACCAUCUACUUCAAGGGUCAGUGGAAGAACAAAUUUGACAAAGCCAACGUGUUCGUCUCAGAUUUCCACGUAAGCAAGAGCCACAGCUGUCCAGUUAACAUGAUGUACCAGGAGGCCAAGUUCAGGUACAAGCACUUCCCUGAUGACGAGGUGCAGCUGCUGGAGAUGCCGUACCGUGGAGACGACAUCACCAUGGUGGUCAUCCUGCCCAAGAAAGAUACUCCACUCAGAAAGGUGGAGGAGAGUCUGGAUCUGCAGAAACUGAGUGGCUGGUUGGAUCAGAUGGAAGAAACCACCGUCUCCAUCCACAUCCCUCGCUUCAGGGUGGGGGACAGCUUUGGUCUGAAGGAGAACCUGCAGGCCAUGGGACUGACCGACCUGUUCAGCGCUGAGAAGGCCAGCCUGCCAGGGAUGCUGGAGGACGGCAGUGAUGGUCUCUACAUCUCAGACGCCUACCACAAAGCUUUCUUGGAGGUGAACGAGGAGGGCAGCGAGGCAGCAGCAGCUACCGCUGUGAUGGUCGUUGGACGUUCCAUCAACCCGUUCAGACAGGUUUUUCUGGCCGAUCGGCCAUUCCUGCUGCUCAUUAGAGAGUCAACCAUCAACACGCUGCUGUUCAUCGGCCGCGUGGCUGACCCAUGCAAUGAAUAAAACCAGUCCAACAGACUCUGCUGUCAGCA